AUGGAAGAGAAAGAUCAAAGCAGCAGAGAUGCGGGGGACGAAUCUAACCGAGCCAUCCUGCCCCUGCUCGAACCUCCCGCAAACCUGCACAGGAUCACCAACUUCUACAUCGACAACAUUUUGCGGCCGGACUUCGGUCGGAGGAAAGAGAGUCAGAUUUUCCUGAAUCCAGCCGGCCGGGACGAUCUUAACGCGCUGGGACGGGAGAACCGGUGUCCGUCCGAGGCGGGGACUGAAUCUGACCGUGCGGGAUCACCGAGCUCGGGUGAAGGUGCGUCGAGUCCCGCAGCCGGAGGCGCAAAGCCUGGAGCGGACAGCGGCGCGGAUCAGAGCGCAAACGACUCGGACAGCAGCGCGACGCCCGCAAAGCAGCCCAUGUUGUGGCCCGCCUGGGUUUACUGCACCAGAUACUCGGACAGACCCUCAUCAGGUCCCCGGUCGCGCAGAUCGAAAAAGAAAAGCGUCGGGAGUCGGGAGGACAAGCGGCCGCGGACCGCAUUCACGGCGGAGCAGCUCCAGCGGCUGAAGACGGAGUUCCAGUCCAACCGGUACCUGACCGAGCAGCGGCGCCAGAGCCUGGCCACCGAGCUCCAGCUCAACGAGGCUCAGAUCAAGAUCUGGUUCCAGAACAAGAGAGCCAAGAUCAAGAAGGCCACGGGCAGCAAGAACUCGCUGGCGGCGCACCUGAUGGCGCAGGGGCUGUACAACCACGCCACCACCUCCAAGGAGGACAAAUCGGACAGCGACUGACCGCAGGAGCGCAUUUGAACUGUCACUGAGACCCUGAUCAGCCUGGUGCUCACUGAUCCAGCACCACGGACUGGAUGAACUAAUGC